UACCUUGCUCUUAGUUACAGGGGUAUUAAUUGGCCUUGUGAACUUCAUGUCCUUCUUAAGGAUAGUGACACCUACAAAGCAUUCAAAAAUUGAUUCAUAAGUAUCACAUACACUCUGUCAUUCAUUAAGUUGGUCAAGUCUGUCAUCAGGCAUUGUUUUCAUUUGCUCCCUGCACAUUAUUGUACGUACAUAUCAUUAUUGUUCUGCUGCAACAUGUAUCUGUGUAAUGUUUAUUAUUAGUAUUGUCUGUUUUAUACUACUGUAUGUUAUUCUACUCAAGUUUUGUAUCAUAUCGGUUGAUUUGUAUUGGUCAUCUCACCAUCUGUUCAUACUUCUUCUCCAUUGUCAUACUGUUUGUAUGUUAUCUCUCUGUUAUUAUGUAUGUAUUUACCUGUGCUUUGACGUAUCUCUGUAUUUAACCCAAUUAUGCUCUGGCGGUAUCGGUAGUAAAUAAAGAUAAAGUAAAAAAGUCUCACCAGUGUUAUCACAUGUUUGUAAAGGAAUUAUGGAUUGGCGUUGCCAAACUUAUCAAUUUCUUCUUGAAAUUAGGCUGCGUACACACUAGGUGUUUUUAAAUGCGAGUUUGACGAACGAAGAGUUCUGCAUAGGCGUACACACUCAAACGCACGUUUUUGGCCAAGCGCGCAUUAAACGUGCAUUUAUAGAUUUUUCUUAAAACGCGCGUUUUGCGGGCGUCAGCCGAGCGCUUUGAGAUAUAUGUGCUGCCAUGUUACUGUAAGAGGGCGACGAGUCGCGAAACUGUUGAGACGUGUGUGUGUGUGCUCUGUUUUCCGAUCGCCGCAUCGUGGAUACCGUCAUUUAAUCAGUGGAUUAUUAUACAUCGCUGGAAUCGUCUAGACACCAGCUAUCGUUUGACGUCCGAAUUUUCCGGAUCUGACCAGCGGAACACGAAUUAUGGACCUUGGAAGUUUUGGAUUUUCCGGCCGCCAUUUCCGGGUGGUUUCCACCGGUAAGUGGUAAAGUCGCAUAUCAUUCUAUUCGGGUUUCCAAGGGCUAUCUAUCGCCGUCGUCCGUUUUUCUUUCCGUAGUCUUGUUCGUGUUUUACUGAGUCCGAAAGUUGGCUCCGAUCGGGCCGUUUUGCGGGCUUCUCGGGCCUCCGUCGUUCUUCAUUUUCGGGCAUUUCUUAGCUUAUGAGUCUAUCUAAGUGUGUAUAAUUUUAUGGGACGGUAUGUUUAUUAGUUAUAAAGUUACGCUAGUUUUAAAACUUUCGGUGAACAAAGAGGUAAAGGGUCGUUGACCUUGGCACGUGGACGGGUCAACAUCAUACUCGACCCUAAUCCGGCGGUUUGUUUCGGCUAUUUUUCGGGUCGUUUUUGUCGCUCUGUAUCGUGUCAUAUAUCGUUCGGCUGCUUUAAUUUUUCUCUUUUUAUCUCAGUGGGUCUUAGUAUUUAAUUAACUGUAAUUUUCAUUAAAUUUUCUUCAGGUGUUUAUCACUUCUGUCAGGGCCAGGCUUUGUCUCCUGGGUCUGGGCCGCUUGCCGCGGGCUCAUAUUUACAUUAUAUCUCUUACUACGCUAUUAAGGUUGGUUUUUCGCUAAUUAUAAUCAUGUCAACUCAAAACUUAUUGUCUCACCCUGCGGAUGCUUCCAUCCAAAAUUGUAAGGUAAACAUCACUUCGCUUGAAGAUACCAUCCUGAAAGAAGCCAACCAACACGUCCUUAAGAUACUGGACUUGCUGCCUGAGAAAUAUAGCAACAACAUAAGGACCGAAGAGAGAAAGGAGGUCCGUGAUCGUGUCACCCGGCUCUUCUCGUGUCUCGGACAGUUUCAUGGAAUACUAAAGGAAGUAAGGUCUAAAUCUGCUCUGCACCCUGCCCCACCCACUGUUGCUCCCCUAGCACAACCUGUCUCUUACGCUGAAGCAACAAAAAUUAACAUUAAGCCCAGCUCCACUACAAUGGCCAUCAAUAAAUCACUAAAAAACAAAGUCGACAUUGAAGGUACCGGAGGCAGCUUUGCCCUUUUACUCUACCCAAAACCUAACGAAGAAGGGCUACAUACCAACAUGAAACACAUUGAAACGGAGAUCAAGAAAAGGAUUAAGCCACACGAAUUAAAAAUUAAGGUUAAAUCAGUGCGCCAAGUUAAAGGUGACGGAAUAUGCUUCAGGACCGAUAGCCAAAAGGAAGCUGAAAUACUAUCUGAGGCAAUCAAAGAACAUCCAGAUAUAGCAGGGAAAAUACACAGUAAAUUCUCCGAAGGUCGUAGGCCACGUAUUAUUCUCACUAACGUCCCAAUUACUGUAGAGGAAGCAGACAUCAUACCCAUGAUUUUUAAUCAAAAUGACAUUUUCCAAAACACGACCAUAGAAGAAUUUGCCAGUGCCACAAGAAUCAGCACUGUGCUAUUCAGGAAUAAUAAUAAAGAAAAUUGUCGCCACAUAGUAAUCUCAACAUCACCCAAGUUCAGAAACAUCCUGGUUAAAACGAAACAUAUUGCUCUAGAAUGGGCAAAAAUUUAUGUCAACGAUUAUAUCCCAUUGGUACGCUGUUACCAAUGUUGUGGAUACAAUCAUCUUUCCACCAACUGCCCCAAUAAACAAAGAUGCAGUCACUGUGGGAAAACACAUAAAUUUAGUGACUGCAGAAAACUAGAAGAUCCACCUCAAUGCACGAACUGUAGAACUGUCAACAAGGAAUUACCGGAAUAUGACAGAUACGACACAACUCACAAUGCCUUCAAUCCACAGUGUCCACAGACCAUCCGACAAACUAAUUAUGGGGUGUAGUCUGAAGCAAAAAGAUUUGAGGCUUAUCCAAAUUAAUUUACAAAAAUGCAAGGCAGCAACUACCGAUGCCUUUUAUCAGGCCACAAACAGGAAUUUAGACUUGAUGUCUAUCCAGGAGCCCUACGUCCUCAACAAUAAAAUCGCCAUGUUUGGAAACUUCCGUACUAUCUACUCACAAGAGCACAACAGUCCGCCUAAAACUGGCUUUGUCAUUAUAAACGACAGCCUCGACGUCCAGCACCUAACUCAACAUAGCAACAACUACUUUACUACAAUCAGUGUCAACCUUAACAGCUCUACCUACAUCUUCAUUUCUUUUUACUGUUCCCCAACUGAUGACCUUGCUCACCCAUUGGAUCUUCUAGCUACUACCAUCCAACAAUUACAUCAUGCUCCAAUCCUAAUCACUGGGGACUUUAAUGCAAAAUUGCACACUUGGCACAGCCCGGUUGAGGACCUGAGGGGCUACCAGGUUGAGGAAUUCACAACACAAUAUCAGCUGACCUCGCUGAACACUAGCACCCUGCCAACUUUCUCCUCCUCCAACGGAGACAGUUGGAUCGAUAUUUGUCUUGGCAACAGUAAAAUCACCAGAAUAAAUCUUACUUGUAAUACCCUAGAUAUUCACACGGCAAGCGACCACAAUUAUAUAGAAACGAAGAUAGAUCAAGUGACUCCUAUCCCCAAAUACUGUAUAUCUCAGCGUACUAACUGGGAUCUUUUUUACCACCUUAUUCAGCUUAAUUGGAAAACAGAGGACAUAAUAAAUAUCACCGACUCUGCAGGAAUCAAUAACAUCGUUAACAAUCUACAAAUGGUCAUACACCAAGCUUACUAUCAAUCCACCACUGUUAAGACUGUUAAACGUUCUGCCCCUUGGUGGAACCAUGAUCUUAACAAGCAAAGGAACAUUUUAAGGAAAACCAAAAAGAAAUUUAGAAAAGAAACUGAUCACAACAAGAAACAAGAAAUUCGUACUGAAUAUCUGACCCUAUUCAAAAACUACAAAACCUCUAUCAACAAGGCAAGGACACAAGCCUGGAAAGACUUCUGUACCAAGGUUGGUAAUGAGAAUCCCUGGGGUACUCCUUACUACGUGGUUAACAGUAAAAGGAAAAAACUGCAGAUUCCGCCUACUAUUAAAAUAAACAACACAGAUUAUACGAGCUCUGUUUCUGACACCUACCGUCAUAUUAUCCACGAACUCUUUCCCGAUGACUGCCACGACACUGACGACCAAAACCAUCAGAAUAUCAGGGUCAGCAUUGAGAAGGAUUAUUACACCACAAACGACACCCCUUUCACCACUACCGAGAUUGCCAAUGAAUUCCGUAAAUUAAAAUUGAGGAAAGCGCCAGGCCCCGACAAAAUCACAGCUAAAAUGGCCACGAUUGCCUUUAAGGCAAUUCCCACAUCCUUUUGCACUCUUUUAAAUAAAU